AUAUCUCGCAUUGAAUAUAUUCACUCCAAGAAUUUCAUUCAUCGGGAUAUUAAGCCAGACAACUUCUUGAUGGGUAUUGGCAAACGUGGAAAUCAGGUUAACGUAAUUGAUUUCGGUCUCGCGAAGAAAUAUCGUGAUCCAAAGACACAUUUGCAUAUCCCAUACAGAGAAAAUAAGAACUUGACAGGCACAGCUCGAUACGCAAGUAUCAAUACUCACUUGGGAGUCGAACAAUCCCGUCGUGAUGAUCUUGAAUCCCUUGGGUACGUAAUGAUGUAUUUCUGCCGUGGUUCACUUCCAUGGCAAGGUCUAAAAGCUGCCACCAAAAAACAAAAAUAUGAUCGCAUCAUGGAGAAAAAGAUGACCACGCCGACAGAACUUUUGUGUCGUGGAUUCCCAAAUGAAUUCGCCAUCUACUUGAAUUACACACGUUCGCUUCGGUUCGACGAUAAGCCGGACUAUAGUUAUUUAAGAAAAUUAUUCAGAGAUUUGUUUGUUCGUGAAGGAUUCCAAUACGAUUAUGUGUUUGACUGGACGAUUUUCAAAUAUGAUAAAGAAGGUAAAAGUCAACACGCGCAAAUGGCAAUCGCUGAUGAAACACCAAAUGAGCAAGGUGAAGAUGAUCGAAAAGAUAGUAAACGUGUGCCAUCAUCUUCUCGACAGGCUAACGCAGCAAUUCCUAAUGAUCCAGCUCCCUCGAUGCGCCGUCCUAAUAAGGGACCAAUUCAUGGUAAUCCUCCGAUUAGUUCCUCACGGCCAUCGGCAACAUCACCCGCUCAAGUUGUAUCUGGGGGAAAUUCAAGAUUAACAUCCGUUCCAAGGCGUAAAAUGGCAAUUGGUCAAGAGACAAAUGCAGCUCCGUUAGAUAAUGCUCGAGUGGCAGCGGGUUCCGAUCGACUCCUUCGUAGUCAAACUAAGAAUCAGGCACAAACCGGAUAUAAUGUCAACUCGUUCCGAGUCAAGAGAGAAGACCCGUCGUCUGGAAGUGGCGGAUGGUAUUAA